CAUGACAACAAAAUCAUUUCCAAGUGAGACGUUGCGUGCUGCAUACGUUUUAUAACUGACACUGUCGCAUGUUGUUUGCGAGUGCAUUUUCUAUCAGCCGGUCGUCGGGUUAUCGUAGAAAUAAAAAAUAAAAAUAUACAUUUUUUGUUUAUAAUGGUGGACAAUCAGUGUAACGCGGGACCCGUGAAAGCUUACAUUAUGAGUGAAUUUUUAAAAAGAUUCGAUUUUGAUACCACAAACGAUGUCGUUAAAUUGUCAAUCGCUGUUGUAGGAUUUUAUAUUGGGAUGUUUUAUUUGGAGUACGUGGACACGGAGUACAGUCUGUGGCUGACGUGGUUCCUGAUGCCAGUGAUUGUUACAUUCCUGCUGCCCGCAGUCAUCAUAGUACUCAUCUAUAUCAGCAGCGUCAUCUUCCAUUUGUACCGGCUCUACAGGUUGCGAGUGAUAGAUGGUGUGGAAAGCGACUGGCGGCAGGCUGCGCGGCUCGCGGUCUGUGCGUUAUGGGACGCACACGGCUGGCUUUGGCACGGUUAUGAGAUCCGAGGCCUAGAGAAUAUUCCAGAAGGUCCGUUCUUGCUGAUCUACUACCAUGGUGCGCUGCCCAUCGACAUGUACUACUUCACCGCGAGAAUGUUGCUCUUCAAGCGACGGCACAUGCACACCGUCGCUGAUAGAUUCAUGUUUAAGAUACCGGGCUGGUCGACGCUACUGGAAGGUCUGUGUGUGAUUCCGGGCACGGUGCAGACCUGCACCAGCGUGCUGCGCGCCGGCAACCCGCUGGCCAUCUCGCCGGGCGGAGUGUACGAGGCCCAGUUCGGAGACCACUACUACAGGCUGAACUGGAAGUCUAGAAUAGGCUUCGCUAAAGUCGCGCUAGAAGCUAAAGUUCCGAUAGUACCGAUGUUCACACGCAACGUGCGCGAGGCGUUCCGUACCGUGGGAUGGUUACGCGGACUGUGUCUGCGUAUUUACGCGCGCACGCGAGUUCCGCUCGCGCCCGUGUAUGGCGGCUUUCCCGUAAAGCUGGUGACACACCUCGGCCCGCCGCUGCCGCAUGACGAUAAUAUCACACCGGAACAGCUGCAGAAGAAGGUUGCGAGUGCCAUAGAGAAAUUAGUGGAAGAACAUCAGAGGGUCCCUGGAAACAUACUCUUCGCUUUAGCGGAAAGAAUAUACGAAAUGCCAAAGAAAACAAAAUCCAUAGCCAACGGUACUUGCCAGAAAGAGACGGCAGAUAGUGCGAGUGACAAGUGCGACAGAGACAAAAGUAAAACGUCUUAGUUUAUGGAUAAUGUUUGUAUUAAUUUAAUACUAAGAUAUAUAAAUAUGUUUAUAUGUACAAUAUUGUGGCAUUUCAAAGAUGUUUUAGAAGUAAGACAGAGAUAAUACAGGGUGUUCAAAAAACAGAACACUACAAAUUAGUUUAAAAACAACUUACACUAUUUAAGAGCGCUGGUGUCAAAAAUACCACCCAGAGUCGUUUAUAUGUUACUUAAGUAAUCUUUAGUGUAGAUUUAGUAUGAUAGAUUCUACGUUUUUAUCAUUAAAUAUGUUUUAAAAUAUUUUUUUUAAUCAAAUAGGUUUUGUUGUGCAAAGAAUAUUUGAAAAUCCUGUUUAUGAAAGGGACAGAAAGUGUUUAAAUUAUAUUUUACACAUAUUUUAACCUAUUUAACUGUUUAUAUACAAAAAUGUAUAAAAUAUAAUGUUCUAUGUGUUUUUUUAAAUUUAAUUAGUCAUUUAAGAUCUACUUAAAAAUGCUAUAACAAAGAUUUAACUCAAAUUUUAUAUUGUGAUAAUUAUGUGCUGAAAAAAAUUAUUUAGUUGUAAUAAAAAGUGACAAAUUGACGUAAAGUGAAUUAAAAUGGAAUAGAUACUUAAAAAUUAUAUAAUAAGCUGUUUGAAGACAUUUAUUUUAUAGUUAUGCAUUUCUCACAAUAAAGAAAAAAAGAUUUAAAUAAUUUAAAAAUAUCAAAUUUAAUUGAACGUAGUCAUUUUCUGUUAAGUGUCCAAAAAUCCGGAGUGAAAAAGACAAACUUAUGCACAAAGUAAACGCGUAAAAGAGAUAGAACAUUUCGUAUGUACUUUGACAUUUAUUGCCGUGAAGUUGGCUAUAGAAAUGACAAUCUGUUUUGAUUUCGUUGAAUUUUUUUUGUAGCUAUUAGAAAAUUAUAUUUGAAUAAUCUUCGAGUCAUUUGAUUUCCAUUUAUUUUAUAA